GGGGGGGGGAGGGGUGAGGAGACAAGAUGGCGGUGCAGGCGGUGCACCUGGAGGCCGACGCGUUCCUGGUGUGCCUGAACCACGCGCUGAGCACCGAGAAGGAGGAGGUGAUGGGGCUCUGCAUCGGGCAGGUGGACGCCGGCCGCGUCGUGCACGUGCACUCCGUCAUCAUCCUGCGGCGCUCCGACAAGAGGAAGGACCGCGUCGAGAUCUCGCCCGAGCAGCUCUCGGCCGCCUCCACCGAGGCGGAGAGGUUGGCUGAGAUGACGGGGCGCCCCAUGAGAGUGGUGGGCUGGUACCACUCCCACCCUCACAUCACCGUCUGGCCCUCGCACGUCGAUGUCCGCACACAAGCCAUGUAUCAGAUGAUGGACCAGGGCUUUGUAGGGCUCAUCUUCUCCUGCUUCAUUGAAGACAAAAACACAAAGACAGGCAGGAUUCUCUACACCUGUUUCCAGUCCAUUCAGGCCCAGAAGAGCUCAGAAUACGAAAGGAUUGAGAUUCCUAUUCACGUUGUCCCGCAUGAAACCAUUGGGAAGGUGUGUCUGGAGUCAGCUGUCGAGCUGCCCAAGAUCCUGUGUCAGGAGGAGCAAGACGCCUACAGGAGGAUUCACAGCCUCACCCACCUAGACUCCGUGACCAAGAUUCACAAUGGCUCAGUGUUCACAAAGAACCUCUGCAGCCAGAUGUCCGCCAUCAGCGGGCCCCUCCUGCAGUGGCUGGAGGACAGGCUGGAGCAGAACAAGCAGCGGGUGCAGGAGCUGCAGCAGGAGAAAGAGCGGCUCCUGGAGGAACUCGCUGCUUUAGAGUGAAGGAGGCAAUGCAGACCCUUCAGAAAAGACUUUAAAAAACUCUACAGGACCUACCUGUGGCUGAAGGGCAGCCCCACACCGCCUUCCAAUGAAGAUACUAGGCUGUGCCUCCUGUCUUGCCCCACGCAGCAGAGAGCACUGCUGUGGGAUAAAGGCUCCUGUCUGCCCCAGCUUAACGGGAAGCAGGGAUCUUUACGUGCUGCGUGAUGCAGUGUAAUUCUAGCUCAGUGUUGGGGUUAGGCAGCAUCUCUUGGUAGAAGAGACUUCAGUUCUGGAGGGUGUACACCUAGGGAACGGGUUGUUUCCCCCCUCCCCUAUAUUUUGACGGAAGGCUUUUUGCUUUACUUGUAUUCCAGGAGCCUAGAACAGGAGGAUUAGAGGGGGAAGGAGUUAGUGUCCCCACAGUCGUAUCUGAUGCUGCCAACUUCUGCCUUUCAGUAGCUUCAGUUGACCGUGCUCUUGUAUCUAAUAAUGUUCUGGAUUACUGGUUAUCCACCCAGGCAGGUAAGAGGUGGGAGGGAAACCUGGAGAGAGACCUGGAAGAGCUUUGACAUAGGGUCUGUGCUCAGUGUACUUCAAACCAAAUAAAAAAUUCCAAAGUAAGAACUACUUGGAGUAGAAAUGAAAUGGAUGCUAUACUAAAUUAAAUAUCAAUACCUGCA